GACAGAAGAGCUCUGACGAGCAGCACAUCCCAAGGUCCACCACUAGGGUGGUGUACGAUAUUUUUAGCACAUUAACCAUAUCUUGCAAUCAAUAUAUUACCCUCACAUUAUCUUGUUCGUCAAUUUCGUACGAAGGGUAUGAUGGAGAAGCCCUUAUACCGUCUUCCUCAAUUCCAUCAAAUAGAGCAGCUUUCUUGCCACGUUCCCUUCGAGAAUUCGCAUCUAUCAAAAAAGCAUGAUUGGCUGAAACUAUUAACAGAGGGCAUAUAUCUAGACUAUUUCGCAUAGUUCAGGGCGCAAGCUUGAAUCUUUUCUCAUUAUUACAUUUUGGAGACAUGGCACCAAACCGUGCUAAUCAGUUCAAUUAGUCAAAAAUUCCUAAAGGUUUUCUGAAGUAUCUAAAGGGACAUGAGCAUGAACAUGCAGUACUGAGAAGGGCGGAUAAAUACUGGCUGGUGAAGGUGAACGCCUAUCGAUUCAAAGCGGGUUGGGCAGAAUUUGCGAAAGAGAAUGAUUUGCAGUUGGGAGAUAUAUUGGUGUUCAGAUAUGAAGGAAACAUGGAGUUUGAGGUAAUGAUCUUUGAUUCAAGUCACUGUAACAGAGAAUAUGCGGAGUAUUUGCAAGAAGAAGAAGCAGCAGCAACACAUACUUUUGGAGAGGCUUCCAAGAAUUUUGAAUUUGAAGAUACAAACAACUAUGCCUCAAUCCCAAGUGGGGAUCAACUAUAUGAAUCCUCUCCAUCCAUGUCGUGCUAUUUAAUCCAUUCAAGAAAUACCGACGAUGUAAUAGAAAUACCAAGCCCCGGCAUCAAGUUGUCAGACGAGGAUUCUUCACAUGCGGAAGCUGCUAGUGACAAGCAUGUUGGUCAUUCUCAUUUUGUAUGCACUAUUAAACCAUAUUGCCUAACAUAUGGCUACUUGUACCUUCCUCAACAAUUUGCAAAUGGUCUCUCCAACAAGAAGGGCAAUUUGAUUAUAAGAGAUGAAAGACAAAGGUUAUGGAAUUUAAAGCUAAGUUCCGAUUACAAAAAACGAGUCCGUAUUGGAGAUGGCUGGCGUAAAUUCAUUGCUGAUAAUCGGUUAAAGGAGGGAGAUCGUAUUGUGUUUGAAGUUGUAACUGAUGAAGAGACAUCUAUAUGGAAAUUUCAUGUUGUUACUAAUGCAAAAACUCCAAUGAGGAAGUUUCAGGGAGGUCACGGGCUCGAGCCGUGGAAACAACCACUUGCAGAAAUACCAAGCCCCGACAAUGUAGUAGAAAUACCAAGCCCCGGUAUCAAGUCGUCAGACGAGGAUUCCUCACAUGCGGAAACUGCUACUGACAAGCAUGUUGGUCAUUCUCAUUUUGUAUGCACUAUUAAACCAUAUUGCCUAACAUAUGGUUACUUGUACCUUCCUCAACCAUUUGCAAAUGGUCUCUCCAACAAGGAGUGCGAUUUGAUUAUAAGAGAUGAAAGACAAAGGUUAUGGAAUUUAAAGCUAAGUUCUGAUUGCAAAAAUCGAGUCCGUAUUGGAGAUGGCUGGCGUAAAUUCAUUGUUGAUAAUCGAUUAAAGAAGGGAGAUCGUAUUAUGUUUGAAGUUGUUACUGAUGAAGAGUCUAUAUGGAAAUUUCAUGCUGUUACUAAUGCAGAAACUCCAAUGAGGAAGUUUCAGGCAAAUGCUACAGAAAAACCAGAACCCAACAUCAUGUCAUCAUACAAGGCUUUCCCCGAUGUAGAAGCGGCCAAGGACAUGCCUCUGUCUCACCCUGAUCAUUUCAUUUCUACUGUCAAACCCCAUCACAUUUCAAAAUGUAGGAUGCAUGUUCCAAAACUAUUUGCGAGAGAAAAUGGCCUCAGCAACAGGCAAUGUACGAUAGUGAUAAGAGAUUAUGAGCAAAGGUCAUGGGAAUUUAGGCUGUAUUCCUCCUGUGCUGGCAGCACUUUCAUUGGAGGGGAAUGGCGUAAAUUUUGCGCUGCUAAUUUCUUAAAGGAAGGAGAUUGCAUAAUGUUUGAGAUAUUUGCCAAGGGAGAGAAACCUAUAUUGAAAUUUUAUGAUUUGAGAGCAAAUGCAUCACUUCAGCCCGAAGAAUGGAAGCCUAAUUUGGAUGCUAAAAGAGUUUCCACUUAAUGAAUCUUGUUUAAUACAGGACAACCUUAACAGAAGAGAAUAGGCCUCGGGAUUGGGUGAAAUGAUGGUGAAGCUUAAUAUACAAUUGCAGACAUGUCGCCACAGUUGAUAGUUUCAGGGUCCUUUUGCUUGAAUUGUACGUAGAUCGUUAAGAAUUGUUCUAACUCCUACUGCUUCACAAGCUACUUCUGUUGUCGAGCUAUAUUCUGCUUCUGCUGAAGAUAAUGCCGUUGUCUUUUGAAGACACUUUUGCACUUUCAUCACUGCUAAAAUUAUUUUUCAAUAUUUGGCUUUCAGAGAUUUCAACUCUAGAGAUAAUUUAGUUUACCUAUUCUGAUCGUUGAUAUAGGCUAAUGGCGGAUUCAUGUAAAUUAUUGUAUUUCUUCUACAGAGUUCUCUUUUUCAUAUGAA